AUAUCGAGACCUUCAGCUAACCUUAGUUAAUGUUAGUUGAUAUUUAAGCAAACAUCGUGCGACUUGAACAGCGUAUAAGCAAUGAAAAGCUUUAUAAGAUAUUCAAAAUACAGCGAUUUUCCCAUUGAAAAUUUGCCAUAUGGGGUGUUUUCGACGGCCACUGAUACUACCCCCAGAAUUGGCGUUGCUAUUGGGGAUUACAUACUGAAUCUUUUCGAAGUUGCACAUUUAUUUGAUGGGCCCUACUUAAAAGAAAAAAACCAUGUCUUCAAAGAGUCAUCCUUAAACAGCUUUAUGGCUUUAAGACCUCCAGAAUGGAAAGAAGCUCGAGAAUAUAUUCAAAAGUUACUGUCAGAGAAUGACCCAACGUUAAAAGACAACAAGGAAUUAAUUGAAAGGGCAUUUACUUUGCAAUCAAGUGCUAUAAUGCACUUGCCAGCUCGCAUUGGAGAUUACACGGAUUUCUAUUCAUCAAUUCAUCAUGCCACGAAUGUUGGAAUAAUGUUUAGAGACAAAAAUAAUGCCUUAUUGCCAAACUGGAAAUAUUUGCCCGUGGGUUAUCAUGGUAGAGCAAGUUCGGUGGUGAUUUCUGGAACUCCAAUUCACAGACCGUAUGGACAAACUUUGGUUAUUGAUGGUGCUGCACCAGUUUUUGGCCCCUGCAAGCUAAUGGAUUUCGAACUGGAAAUGGCAUUUUUUGUAGGUGGUUCCAAUGAGUUAGGCAAACCCAUUAAAGUACAAAACGCUCAUGAGCAUAUAUUUGGCUUCGUUAUAAUGAACGACUGGAGUGCUCGAGAUAUCCAGAAAUGGGAAUAUGUACCACUUGGGCCUUUUACAGCUAAGAAUCUUGGGACUACAAUAUCGCCUUGGGUGGUGACCACUUUGGCUUUAGAGCCAUUUAUUGUCGAAAAUUACCAGCAAGAUCCCGAGCCAUUCGCAUAUCUAAAGCACUCGGAUAACUUCAAUUUUGAUAUCAAUCUACAAGUAGAUCUUACUCCUAAAAAUUCUACGGUUUCUUCGACGAUAUGUCGUUCAAAUUUUAAGCAUUUAUAUUGGACGGUUAAGCAGCAAUUAGCUCAUCACACGGUUACUGGUUGCAAUGUGAAACCAGGCGAUCUUAUGGGUAGUGGAACUAUUAGUGGCGAAACUUCAGAUUCGUUCGGCUCUCUUCUGGAACUUUCAUGGAAGGGUACCAAACCGAUAACUCUUCAUGAUGGAACUCAGCGAAAAUUUUUGCAAGAUGGAGACACCGUUACUAUGAAAGCUGUGUGCGAAGGGGAUGGUUAUAAUGUGGGAUUUGGAUCGUGUGUUGGAGAACUUUUACCAGCAAGGCCAUUCGAUUUUUAAACCUGAAUCAUUAUGAUUUUAUCUAUUAUUAGUUAUUGAUAAACGUUAUAGUUUAAGACCGUUCUUACUAAACAAAUAUAUUGCUUUCUGGUAAAACAAAACAAAUUGUUGAAAACUUGUGGCGAUUCUUUCAAUGUUUUGGUGCAAAACUACCAUAACUUUUUAUUUCCCAGCUGAGCACAACUGAUUUUUUUCAGUUGAUGCAGUAAUUUUUGUACAUUCUGUGGCCUUUGUGAAAUUUGGUAGAAUUUAUGUUUGCACUUUCACCCCCAACUGAGUUCCUCAGAAAUCCGACUUAAAAUAGCGAACUUUUCCGCUGAGCGUUAAAGCUUUAUCAAAAUAUGGCUUUCAGGUGUGAACAGCAAGCUUCAUGAAAAUUCAGCUGAACUGAAAAAUAGAUUUUUUUGAAGAACUUUGACCAUCAAUAGCGGAGGCGUCAGACAUCUUUUCAUAAAGUUAAGUCAGAGUGACCUAUUUUGAGCGAAAUUGUACAUUUGUAAUCUAUAAAAAUAUGAAAUAAAUCUAUAAAUAAUAUUACAUC